UUUGAAAGUUGCAACAAAGCUUCUUCUUUUUUCACCGGAGAGAGAGCUUUAGGAGAAUCUCUCAACAAUGGCGGAAUCGAUUUUCAGAAAGCUAAGAGACGGUGGAGAAGAAGGCGAACUCGCACCAGCUCUCACCAUUGAAGAAACCGUAGCUUCCCCUUUCGGACUCGAUGUCUCAGGCUAUCUUCUCACAAAUCUAUCUUCAUCAAUCUUGGCUGGAAAAUCCAAGUCGCAGGGUCUCGUGUUGAUCACAUUCUCGCGAAGCCCUUCGUUCUAUUUGCAAUUGUUGAAGCAAAAAGGAAUCGUUGUCACUUCAUCUUCUAAAUGGAUUCGUGUUUUGGAUUGUUACACUGAUCCACUAGGCUGGAUUGAUCAGUCUUCAACUGGUGUUACUGAAGGUUCAAGUUUGGUUAAGCUACACAAGUGUGUGAGUGACUUGAAAAGGCUUUUAACUUCAAUCAUUGAAGCGGGAAGAGAGUUGGUUGGAGAUGGGAAGACACGUUUCUGUGUUGCUAUAGAUUCCGUGAAUGAGUUGCUAAGACGUUCUUCUAUGCCAUUAGUUUCUGGUCUUUUAACAGAUCUUCGAAGCCACGGUACUUUGCAACAUGAAACCUGAACACUAGUCUAUUACUCUAGAAGAAGGAAAUAAACAAAACAAAAUCCUAAAAGGAUUAGGAAUGAUGGUACAGCAGUAUAUAAACAAUGCUAGGCUACG